AUGUACGCUGUGCAUCAAACGUUAUAGGUACAGCUAGAGAAACAGUGAACGUAUUUCGUGUGAUAAAAAUGAAUUCCAAAGUGUAUAAGUGGUGUGCAGUACCUCAGUGUAAAAACACAUCAAUAAAAACACCCGACAAGGUGUUUGUACAUGUGCCAAAUAAGAAAAUAAUAAGAGAUAAAUGGUUGAAGCUCGCACGGCGUAACCCGAACGACGUAGUCACUAAUUCACCACUUUAUUUCUGUGAAGACCACUUUGAUUUGCCAAAUGAUAUGGAAAAUUAUAUGGAGUAUCAUGUAAUGGGGUCCGUAUCACAAGUUCGCACGAAACCAGGAUGUAUGCCCAAAAAAUUUAUUUGCCAAUUAGCCAGAAGACAAACAUCUGACUCAACAGAUCAACCCUAUAUAGCUAAAAAACGAAAAGUUAUGAUUCUUGAAGAAUGUGAAAGGCAAUUUAAAGAGAAAAAUACAAUGGGAUCCUCACGUCAUGUCUCGUUGGAGCAAAUGAACGCAUUGAUCGACUUUAUGGGGCAGCAUGUAGGAUUUGCAACGGGGAGUUUUAGAUCGUUCGAAGCGCGGCACAUAUCGAAACGUCUUUGGGAGGAGCUCACCAAUACCCUCAACGGUUGUCGCGGCGGCACAAAGAAGAACUCUGAUGGUUGGAGUAAGUACUGGAGUGAUUUUAAAAAUAAAUUAAAGAAUAAACUGAGAAUGCUAAAGAGGAAGGGUUCAGCGUCAACUAAGAGUGUUAGGCCAUUAACAAAACUGGAGAAGAGGGCUCUUGUGAUAUUGGGACCACAUUUUGAGAGGAAGAUAUCUGGAACAGAUGCAGACAGUGAUAAUAUUCUUCUCAGUGAAGUGGAGGUGAAGCUGGAGGCAUAUCAAGAAAAUGUAUCCAAUGACUUCAAUAAAACAAUGAGCGAUGCCAGUGAUAGGUUGUCAGGAGCCGAGAGGGAGAUUGAUGAAAGUGUGGAAUCUAGUGAUGACGAGCAAGUUGAGUUAUCAGAAAAUAACUACAGUGAAUCAUUAGCGCAUAAUUUGUACCCCAAAUGGUUAAUAGAGAUAGAAAAAAAGCGCGCCAACGCCGAACUGUUGCGAGCGAAAGCCGAGGAGCAGAGAGCGUGUGUGGCAGCGAAGACGGCAGACGCAGCCCUAGUGCAGGCAGAGGCUUUGAAGAAACUAGCUGAUGCUACGUCAACGCAAGCCGACGCCCUAAUGAGAAUAGCUAUGGUAUUAGAAAAUAGAACACAAGGAGACAUGCUGUCAAUAUAGUCUAGACAUGUAUAGCUCGGUCUAGAAUACUCGGCUGAUUGUCUAUGGUUAACCUAAAAGGUAAAAGCGUAUAGCUAGUUCAAGGUAUAAUCAUUCUCCUGUUUGGACUAACGGUAUAUGCUAGGGCACUAGUGAAAGAUAUGUUGAUGAUGUCAGCCAGGUGUCUGACUAUAUACAAGUGCCCAAAUUAGAGGCUAAAUGCAGAAACUAUGUUGU